GAACACAAAUACUCUGCCAUGUGUAUGAUCAACAACACAUGAGUUGUUAGAUGAGGGAGUUUCCUGCUGCAGGGCUUCAUCCCUUCAGUGCUGGAAUUUGCCAAGAAGGAGAAUGAAUGACCGUAUAAUCUUACAAGCUUCUAUUUUGAAAUCCACUAGCAAGUACUGGCAUGCAGGCUUUGGGAUCUGCCAUCCUGUCAUUUUCUAAAGUUCACUGACAGGAAUUAGCUUUUGGUCUAGUUUCCACACUUAUGUCCAUCUGUGUUUUAGACUUGUAUCUCUUUUAAACGUAUCUUUUAUCUUCUAUCCCUCACCCCCCUCACACACUCACACACACACACACAUACACAUUAUCACCCCAAGAGAAAACUUAGACCUAAUUUCUACAUACCCUUUUAAAACAGAUCAAAAGUGACUUCCUAUCCGGCAGCUCAUCUUCUUUUUCAGGUCUUUUUUUUUUUUUUUUUAAAGGUGGUUAAAGCAAAAGGUCAUGUAGUGUAAUGUGUUAUGCUUUUGCCUCAUAGGCUUUUGGUUAGCAUGUUAGCACAUGUCCAAAAUGAAAUCAACACCUACAUUGACAGUUGAGUUGUUGCACAACUUCAGCAGCCCGCACUCCAAACUACAGUUGAGCUGACAGCCAUGAAUCCUCUAGGUCACCCGGCUGAAAAUGUUCCACUGCAGGGGAGGUAUGAUGGGCUCUCUGGUCUGCCUGGAGGAUCUACAGCGAUUCCGUACACCACUGUGAACAUGCCCCCCGAGCCCCCCAAGGACCACAUCAUCUGGUCCCUCUGCUGCUUUCUCUACUCAAACCCCUGCUGCCUCGGGCUGGCGGCUCUCAUCUUUUCUAUCAAGGCCAGAGACCAGAAGGUGGCUGGAGAUCUGGAAGGUGCCCGACACUACGGCUCCACUGCCCGCUGCCUCAACAUCUGGGCCACAGUCCUGUUUUCCAUCAGUGUCCUUAUUAUCAUUAUUACAACUAUCAUUGUGCUCAUACAGGCAAAUAAGGUGAUCAGAGAUCACAGCGGAUACAGCCCUAUCGAUUUCAAUUACAGAGGCUAAAUUUCAAAUAAAGUCGUAUUAGACUUGCCUUUUUUCUA